CUCGCGAGGUUUCACUUAAAAAUAACGCGGGCAGUGUGAGGAAUGAAUCCGUUGAAACCACGUCCAUGGUUGAAAUAGACAACAUUAGAGAGUCAACAGAGGGUAGAUAACGAUUAACUAGAUAAACGUGCAAUUGAUUACACCGUUUUCAGUGUUACUCGGCACAAUCGCCUGAUUUACAGAAAGCCGCAGCUUAUCACAUUUAACGAUACUGUUUACCGUUUGUUAGCUAACAUCAGCUAACCAGCUGACUAGCUGACUGUCUUAGCUCGGUUUCUAAAUGGAUCCGACAGAGGAUUUGUCUGCUCGGGUCCUGCUGAAACAUAUUCUCAGCACCGAGACACCCAGGACUCCCAUCACCCGCAGUGCCUCCAAUGCACCGAGUAUCAGCGGGACCAGGCGCAGCAGUAGACUGAGCAAGAAAGAUGCUGGACCCCAAACCCCACAGGACAUCCUGAGGCGCAGCCUGAAACAUAAAGUACAUGAGAGUAUAACCAGGAAAUCCCUGCCCACUAUUAAAAGGACUGCAUCAGUCGUGCUCAGAAAGAUAAACACGCCUGCGACAGGCUCAGUGCUGUUUGAUGAUGGAGACACACCGAGGCACAUACUCAUGAACAUCCUGCGGACAGAGCCUGUGAGGUCCCCUGUGGUUCAUGAGAAAGUUGCACCAGAAGAGCCACAGCUGUCUUCAGACAACUCCAGCAUUACCAGCAAGUGUCCUAGCAUUGAGCUGUCAGGGUUGGACUUGCCUGAUAUAACUAUUGGCAACGCAGCAAGUACUGCGAAGGGACUGAGCAGAAAGAGACCACGUCGGAGCCUUAAUGUAACAGCUUUUGAAAAGCGUCUUAAAGAUGGAGAUGAUGUUGAAGAGGGAAAUGAAUCAAAAGGUGACCUUUCAUCACUUUCUUUGUCAAGUUCCACUUCUCUGAGUCUUAAAACACCCUUUGUGGAUGUUCGGACUGAGAAAAAGGGCCUGCAGAGAAGAGUAUCUAACCGUCGAAAAAUCACAGAGGAAGAAUUUGGAGCUGCUGUAAAUAAAAGGCAGAUGGGAGGAGUGAGCAGCUUUGUGCUGGCGGAGCGGGGUCUCAGUGAGACCGCCUACUCUGAGGGCUUCACUUUGGGCCUAAGCAAACUCAGUGAACCUGAUAUCACGACUGAUGUCGUCCACUGUAACACUGCUCUCUACGCUCAGCCUGAUGCCAUGUCCAACUUUUCCAUUGUUGCAACUCAAGACAAACCCACGGUGAUGGCGUCUCAGCUACAGAGACAGAUGAGAGAGCUGGAGCAGAUGGAAGCAGAGCAGAGCAAGCUGGGGAAAGAGAAAUCAGUGUAUGUAUUUCCAACUGAAGAAGGGGCUGUGGCAGAAUCCCAGAAUGAAGGUUUUUCUCAGUCGGAGGAAGAUGUGGAUGCAGCUGAAUCUCAAACGGCGGAUGGGAAGAGUACAGCUGAUGGUAAACCUGAAGAUGCUGCAGCCAUGUCGAAAUCUGAAGAAGAGGAAUGUAUAUCUGAAUCUCAGACUAAUGUAAGGGAUGAUACAGCUGAGUCUGAGGAAGAUGAGAACAGGGUGGGAGCUCAACUGGAAGAGGAAGGUGCAGCUGAUUGUCAAACUGAAGAGGAUGCUGCAACCAGGUCUCAGUCUGAGGAAGAGGAGGUUGCAGCAGAUUCUCAAACCGAAGAAGAAGGUCCAGCUGACUCUCAAACUGAAGGAGGAGGAGGAGAAGAAGGUGGAGUUGAUUCCCAGCCUGAAAAGGAUGUUGCAGCCAGGUCUCAGUCUGAGGAAGAGGAGGUUGCACCAGACUCUCAAACCGAGGAAGAAGAAGAGGGUGCAGUUGACUCUCAAACUGAAGGAGAAGAUGCUGCUGAUUCUCAGUCUGAGGAAGAGGAGGGCGUGGCAGAAUAUCAAAGUGAUCAAGAGGACCCUGCAGCCAAUUCUCAGUCUGAGGAAGACGGUGGUUUGGCUGAUUCUCAACCUGAAAAUGAGUACGAUGGGGAGCCGGAGGAGGAAGAUGAUGAGCAGGAAUCAGAACAGCUUGAACACAUAAGUCGUAGGACUCAUCGCUCUGAGGGGGGACUUAUUGUGCCUGUUACAGACACAGGACGGUCUGAUGGCAAGUCCAAAGCACACAGUGCUGUUGAUUUACACAGCAGCCUGGAAAUGGGAAGCCAUGAGAGCGGUCCGCCUCAUAUUGGGAUCCCUGACUUGGCUGAGUCCCCAACCCGAGGACAGACAGAUGUGUCUUGUACAGAGGCUGAUGCUGAUAAAGAGAACUCCUUACAUCAUCUGGAGGUGACGCAUGAUAUUGAGGUCGGUGAGCACCUGAGUGACGAUUUACCUGAAGCAGCUGCUGCUCAGGACCCUGCUGAACAGGAGGAAGAGUGGGAAGAGAGUGAAGAUAGUGAGGAGGUCCCCAGCAAGACUCCGGCAUUCGUCAGAGAGAAAAGGAAAAUUUUUCACACUGAUCCUCUGGCCUCACCUUCUGUUCUUAAGAAUACUCAAGCCAGCACUACAAGGGAAGGUUUGCCUGCACCUAAACCUAAGCAGGUGAGAAAGAGGAGGACCGGGCCAGCUAAAAAGGAAGGAGGCCUUCCUAAGAGCUAUCUUAUGGCCGUGUUCAAGCACUUUGCCAAAACAAAGGUCUCUGCAGAUGUGUACCCUGUCCUAAAAGAAACAAUGGAUAAAUUCUUUGAGCGGCUGGCGGAGGACUUGGAGACGUAUGCUGUUCAUGCAAAGAGAAAAACCAUAGAGGUCGAAGAUGCUGAACUUCUGUUGAAAAGGCAGGGUUACGUGAAUGACAAGGUACCCGUGGAAGUGCUUAUUGAAAAAUAUCUUCGUAUGGACCAGCGCAAGCUCCUGAUCCCCAUAGCAACCAGUGGAAAUGUUGUUAUCCCUAAAAAGCGGAGAUAAAUGUUUUAUAUACAGCCACAUUUUUGUCUGGUUUCAUCUCUUGGACUUGGACUACACAGUUUACUUGCACUGCAUUUGAUUUGGACAAGUGAUGUUUCCAUUUAAUCAGAAUAUAAAGGUUUCUGUAAAUGUAAAUAUUUGUUAACAUAUUCUUUACCAAGACUUCAGUUUUGUAUGUGAUGUCUGUAUAGCUUUUUUUUCUGUCUUUCUUAUUAUACUAUGUUGGGUCGAAUGUGUGUUUAUAUCUGUACAUAAUGCAAGUGUUGGCGUGUUGACAACAGUGUUUUGUCAUUGUCACUAAGAUUACAUGAGUACAAGUAUGUCAACUUUCUUCAUUUAUCUUUUUAUGCAUAUACUUUAUUUUAUGACCGUUUAAACAAAGUACGAUGUGCAGACUUAAAAAAAAAUCUACAAAUGUUGAAAUAAAGUUUUCUGUUUCAUA